AUGGAUAUCCCACAAUCUUCUAAGAAGCUUCAUAGGCAUAAGAAGAAGCAUAAAGACUUCCAACAAUGGAAGGAGAAGCACUCGCAGAAAAAAGCUAGGCGGAAAAAGACUUUCAAAGAAAGAAAGGAUUUUAUUAAAUCCAAAAACCCAAAAGCUUGUUAUAAGUGUGGCAGAGUAGGUCAUUAUUAUAAGAAUUGUGAGGUUAAGGAAAAAAUCAAAGCUCUUAACAUAGAUGAUGACCUUAGAGAAUCUUUAUAUAAGAUCUUGUUAAAUUCAGACUCAGAACAAGAGGAUGAUUCUGGAAAGGAUAGUGAUAGUUCUCCCAACCUUUCUUCAAAUGAAGAUAUUAGGGUAUUAGGCGAAGAGAGUUAUCACUCAACCAGUUUAGACGAAAAAUGUCAACAAUGCCAAAUAGGGAAACCUUGUGUCAAAACCAAGGAAGGCGAUGAGUUUUAUAAACUUGUUUAA